AUUCGAAAUUUAAAUCUUUUUGGACCAAGCUUUAUAACCUCUUUUUAUAAAUCAAUGUUCCUUCUACCCCCAAAACAAGGAGACAUGUCUUACCGUUCUGUUGGAGGUAGUCAUUCAGAGUUAUUAUUAAACACUUUGAAAACAAGAUACCCUUGUUUUCAUGACCCUUUAACUGCUGCCGCUGAAGAUGAUGAUUAUGAUAGAAGAUACUUGCCAUCUCUUUGGGUUUUUGGACCCCGUCAAGUGGAUGGUCCAGAAUCCCCUCUACCCUCGAGUUUCUCUAAUAUGAUGUUCGAUCAAAAUAUCAUAGACCCCCACAUGAUAAGGGAAAAGAUUACAUCCGCACUCAAGGUUUUAAGAUUCCGUGAGCGACGCGUGCUGGUUCAGUUUUGGUCGCCUGUUGCUGUCCGCAAGCGGUGGUUGCUAACGACUUGGGACCAACCUUUUGGUGUUGGUAUGGCUGAUGAAGGGCUUUACAUGCACAGGUGCAAGUCUGAACUACGUGCAAUUGUUGUGGAUGGGGAGAGCAAAGAAGAAUUAGGUCCACUAGGUCGUGUUUACAGCCAAAAAUUGCUAGAAUGGAGCAUAGAUAUAAAUGAUGGCUAUAUUGAUUUGCCAGUAUUUCAGUCUAGCGGUGAUUCAUGCGUAGGCGUUCUUGAAAUCAUAACAUCAUCAAAUUAUGUUGAUUAUGCUUUUGAGGUUCAAGAAAUCUCAAGAGCCCUAAAGGAACAGGAUCUGAAGUCACCGAUUGUGUUUGAAGAUCCAAGCUUUCGUGUUCUAGAUGAAAGAAGGCAACGUGAACUGGAUAGAAUUUUCGACGCUAUGAAGACGGUUUGUGACUCUCAAUGUAUACCUCUAGCACAAACAUGGGCACUAUCUGGAUAUAGUAGUUCUGUGGCUAGAUCUGGAAUUCUAGAGCAGAGCUGCAGUAGCUUUAAUAAAUGUUGUGUAGGGAAAGUCUGCAUGUCAUCUGCGGACCUGCCGUUUUAUGUUCGUGACUUAAGCAUGUGGGAAUUUCGAGAAGUUUGCAGGGAGAGACACUUGCAAAAAUCCCUAGGAGUUGCAGGGAGAUCAUUAUCAUCUCGUGGUACAUGUUUUUGUGGAGAUGUAACAGAACUCGAUGAAGAUGACUACCCUUUAGUUCCCUUUGCCCGCAUCAAUGGGUUGGCCAGCUGUUUAGCUAUCUAUAUAAAGAGUCUUGAACUGAAUGCUGAAUAUGUUAUAGAGUUCUAUUUACCAACAAUCGGCACAAACGCAUCAGGCGUACAAAGAUUGAUGGAAAUAGUAAAGCAACAAUUUAAAAAUGCUUCUUGGAUGCAAGUAAAUGUCAAGUUUCCUCCCCAAUAUAUUGGAAGAGUUCCUUUAGAUUGGAACCUCGAGUCUCCACCUUCUCGUAAAACCUUAUUGACUGGAAAGGGGAAGGUACAACCAAAUUGGGAAAUUAUGGCAAAGGAUGACGUGGAAAAUAAGGCAUCUAACUCUGGUGUGAGUGCUGCUCCGAGAAUGGAGAAAGGGAGUGAUGACUUUGGCAAUAAUGUUGGGAGCACACAAAGAAUACAAAGUCAUCUUUCCAAGGGAUCAAAGAGAAAAAGGAAGAGAUCUGAGAGUUUGUUUACUUCUAAGGAAAUCAAGAAACACUUUGGGAAGACGAUGGAUGAAGCCGCAGCUGACCUUAAAGUAAGCAGGUCUACAUUAAAGCGCAUUUGCAGGAAUCUUGGUAUACCGAGGUGGCCAUAUAGAAAUGGUCCUGACAUGAGUGAUGCUCUUAUGAAGAUUGGUGAAACAGAUGUAGUUGUGAAUAUGUCUGAAGGAGCAAUUACCCCAGUUUUCGUGGCUUCCAAUGAACCAUUAGGCAAUGAUCUGGUCACACUUACCAAAAAUGGUAAACAAACAACUCUGCUUAAUGAGAUGGAACCUACUAACAUGAUAAUUAAAGUAACAUAUGAUAAGAAUACAAUAAAGUUUCCAUUCAACCAUUUAGAUGGAUUAGUCAAGUUAAACGAGAUGGUUGCAACAAGGUUUAAGCUGAGGCUUGGAAGCUUUGCACUCAAAUAUGUGGACAAAAAUGGUGAGAACACAUUGAUCACUUAUGAUGAAGACUUAGCGGCAAUAUUGGAUGCUUUUAGUUUUGCAGUCUCUAAGCCGGUGAUUAAACUAUAUGUUCAGAUGGUUUCUGAUUAAAGCUCCAAUUCUUAGACUUCUUUUGAAUGCCUAGAUGUUUUGUCUCAAUGUUACAAAAGGCGAAUGUUGGAGAAAAAGGCUGUCCUACAUGCACUAUGUAUGAAUUUUGUUUAAUUCUCCAAACCCUGGUGCUUUCAAGGAAGAUUUUUAAAGUUCAGAUUCAGGGAGCAGAGUGUGAAGGAGUGAGUUCAGGGUUGAUUGGUGAGGAGUAGAAGUUCAACGGAAAAUACUCGAGACUCUCUUGUCCAUGUUUGUACCUGAAGAGGUGAAUAAGUUUUGUGUAUUAAUGCCAUAAUAUCGUCUGUAUAUAUGAUUGAGACAUUACUGGUUGCUUUGUGACAUAAAAUAAAACAUGUUUUCUUGCA